AUGUGGAACUGCAGGGUCUGCAGCAACACCCCCUUUGCUGCUCUCUUCGGCUUCGGCGGCGCUGAAGACGACAAAAAGAAAAAGAAAAAACGCACAAGUUCGCAGGCCCAGGAGAGUUCUUCGCACUCCAACUCCGAGGUGCAGCGCGGGCCGCGCGCCCGCCCGCACCCACCGCUUUUCUUUCCUGACGAGCUUUCUUGCUUCUCGGGGUGGCAGCAGCAGCAGCAGCAGCAACAGCAGCAGCAGCAGCAGCAGCAGCAGCAGCAGCAGCGGCAGCAGCAGCAGCAGCAGCAGUGUGGGGACAGCGCCUUCACGGACCGGUACGCCUCGCAAGAGACCUUCGAGCCGCGAAGUCCCGAAGAAGUCGAAGCCGUCUGCAGGGCUUGGGAGCACUACGUGCACCCGCGGGCUCGGGAGUUUUGGCAGACUGCUGAGGCCCGCAUUGAGAUUCUCCAGAAGAUCGCGCGCGGCGUGCACCGCGGCUACGACCCCGUGCUGGGCGACGACAAGCAGUGCGUGGUUUGGUACGGAGACUUGUCCGAAGAAGACAACUUGCCAGUCAUUCGAAUGGUCAAGCCCGGAGAAAGCCAAGAAAGCCAAACUUACGUCAACAGAACUCUCGUUUUCCUCUACGCAGGCAAGUGGCCUUCAGUUGGCUCCGACUUGGCGAAAAAAAGCUCCAAAAAGACCUUUUUUGAGCCUUUUUUCGUUCAAAUUGGAGGCCAAAUGCCUUUUUUGGAGUCUUUGGAGUUUAAUGCAGAUUUCAAAACAGCAGCGACUGCUGCUGCAGCACGGGUAACGCCAGCGCCAGAAAUAGUUGUAGCAGCAGCAGCAAUACUUGUAGCAGCAGCAGCAGCAGCAAUACUUGUAGCAGCAGCAGCAAUACUUGUAGCAGCAGCAGCAAUACUUGUAGCAGCAGCAGCAAUACUUGCAGCAGCAGCAAUACUUGUAGCAGCUGCAGCAAUACUUGUUGAAGCAGCAGCAGCAACACUUGUAGUAGCAGCAGCAAUACUUGUUGAAGCAGCAGCAGCAACACUUGUAGUAGCAGCAGCAAUACUUGGACAAGCAGCAGCAGCAGCAAUACUUGUGGCAGCAGCAGCAGGUUUUCAAGCAGCAGCAGCGCCAACAGCAGCAGUGGCAGCAGGUGCUGCUUCAGCAACGACGGCAGCAGCAGCAAAUGCAGCAAGAGCAGCAACGGCUGCUGCUGCAGCAACAAGGACAGCAGCAGCAGCAGCAGCAGCAGCAGCUGCAGCAGCAGCAGCAGCAGUGACGGCAGCAAGAUGUUAG